UUGACCGUCUUUGCAUGUUUCUUAAUGAUCAUGUUUGUUGCAGCCGUGACAUUAAUGUGCUCUCUUCAUUCCAAUCUAGGCAUGGCCUCUGGUCUGGAGAUCACCUCUACAGGACAGGAACCCAUACAAAAGGCCAAAGGUCAGAGUGUCAAGCUGGACUGCCAGUUCACCUUGGCCCCAGAGGAUUCUGGACCACUGGAUAUUGAGUGGAGCUUGCUGGCUUCUGACAACCAGAAAGAGGACAAAGUGGUGAUUCUCUACUCUGGUGACCGGACGUACGAGGACUACUAUGAACCCAUGAUAGGCCGAGUCCACUUCAACUCACCUGACCCCAAGAAAGGUGACGCCUCCAUCAAUCUGACAGGGCUGAAGCCCACAGAUUCAGGCACCUACCAGUGCAAAGUGAAGAAGGCUCCAGGCAUCCGAAGCAAGAAGAUGCAGCUCAUCGUCAUGGUGCGGCCGUCCAAGCCUCGAUGCUACGCCGAAGGUGCCACCGAAGAGGGGAAGGACGUUGUGCUGAGGUGCACCACGAGUGAGGGAACCAAACCCAUGAAGUACAGCUGGGAGAAGACCAGUGACCACAAGCUGCUGCCCGCCUCUGCCGUGAUGGAUCCUGUGGCUGGCACCGUUAAUGUGAGGAAUGCAUCUGCCGCUGCAUCGGGUACCUAUCGCUGUGUUGCCAGCAACCGCGUUGGCACCGAGGAGUGCACACUUUAUCUCAAAGUGACACCUCCUGCCAACACAGCGGGCAUCAUCGCAGGAUCCAUAAUUGCUGUUCUUUUGAUCCUCCUCAUUAUCGCCAUCAUCCUGUUCUGUUUUUGCCGAAUUCGUAACAAAAAGAAGUACGAGAAGGAAAUCUGCAAUGAGAUAAGAGAGGACGUGCCCCCUCCCAAGAGCCGCGCUUCAACAGCUCGCAGCUUCACGGUGGGCAGCCAGCGCUCCUCCCUGGGGUCCAUGUCGCCUUCCAACCUGCACGAGUUCACCCAGAAGGCCCAGUACGACAAGAUCCCCUCGUCCGAGGAGUACGAGAGGCCCCCGAGCCACGUCCCUCUGCCCCCUCCCACCGCUCCCAGGAUGGCCGGGCCUAAUCUCAGCCGCAUGGGGGGCAUCCCCGUCAUGAUCCCUGCCCAGAACAGGGACGGCUCGAUCGUGUAGCACGUGGAAGGGGAAGAGAUGGACAAAAGCCGGGGCGGUGGGACCUGACCUUUUCUCCUCUUCAUUAUUUACAAACGGGAGGGGGGGGGUUACCCUCCCCUUAUGAACACCUGGCUCUGUUUUGUGCUGACAAGAGAUUUUGUGCUGUACUGGAACCACAACAGAGCUCAUUAAGUUUUUAUCAUAGACAGAAAAAAACACAAAACACCAAAAAAAAAAUCCCUUUAUGCAUUUUAUGUCCUGGACUUUGACAGAAGUAUGAAUUGAAUUGGUGUGGCUGUAAAGCAGAAUGAAAUGGUCAAAUCACAGAUGAUAUUGUACAUACGUGAAUGCAUGUUAUUUUUUCUAUGUAGUUGUUUGUUGCUGUAGUCUUCUGUGUGUGCAGCCGGACCGGGGCCCCCGAGCCGCACGCGUGCAGCUGACGGCAUCUGUGGACGUGGAGAGCAUCAGCCCAGUCCAGCCGUCUGCACUGCCUGCUGUUUUUGGAGAUCCCUUAACUCAGAAAAAAACUUGCUUUAAUCCCGCUGUCUGCUGUUGAACGGUCACCCAGCUGUUCCCAACGCCCACUGCGGGUUUGGCGGGUUUAGGGGGCCUCAGAGGGUCAGGAUUGGCUGGUGGUGGCAGGGGGUGCGUGG